UUGAGGCACAUGGGAUAUGACUUCUAUGUAAUCAGCAGCAAUGAAACCUCCAUUUCGUCGGCGAACUGAGCCAUCACGUUUUCUGCUUAAGAGCCCUGAAGAAGAGCAGACAGUGAAUGCCAGAUCACUCUGCAAAGGAUGGAAUCGCAAGGAUCUUCAGAGUUUUUUGCAAGCUUUGAAACAGCAGCAGAAUUUUGAAGCUGAAUUAGAUCUGACUGAGAUUCAAAAAGCUCAUCGACACCAAAAUGUGGACAAAUGUAAGCUGGAUCUACAGGUCCAGAGUCAGAGGAGAGAGGAGCGCAAAGCUAAAGUUCCCAUUGAACUGUGGGCAGAGCUGGUACAGAAAAUCUCCAGAUCCCACGAGAAGACAAUUUCUUCUGCCUUUUCCCAGAUGCUUGUGAUUGCUGCCAUUGAGCCCUGUGGACUGUUGCACUCUGAACCUCCACACCCUAUCGUCCAAACUAGGGAUGCACCGAUACCGAUACUGGUAUCGGUAUCGGGCCCGAUACUGAGCUCCUGUACUCGUACUCGUACUC